AUGGCCAAACGUACCUUUUCCACAUUAGAGACAUUCCUGAUUUUCCUCCUUGUAAUGAUGACUGCCAUCACAGUGGCCCUUCUCAGCCUCUUGUUUACCACCAGUGGAACCAUUGGAAACCAUAAAGAUUCCGGAUUCCAUGAUUUUUCAACCACCCAAAGCUCUUUGGCCACCCAGGGCCCCACAGCUAGCCAAGUUUCUCCAGUGACUUACAUCCCUGUGCCGCCUCUAUUUCAGAACUUCAGUGGCUACCAUAUUGGUGUUGGGCGAGCUGACUGCACAGGACAAGUAUCAGAUAUUAAUUUGAUGGGCUAUGGCAAGAUGGGCCAGACUGCACAGGGCAUCCUCACGAGGCUGUACAGUCGUGCUUUCAUCAUGGCAGAACCUGAUGGGUCCAAUCGGACGGUGUUUGUCAACAUCGACAUAGGCAUGGUGUCCCAACGACUCAGGCUGGAGGUCCUGAACAGACUGCAGAGUAAAUAUGGCUCCCUGUACAGAAGAGACAACGUUCUCCUGAGUGGCACUCACACACACUCAGGUCCAGGAGGAUAUUUCCAGUACACUAUAUUUAUAAUUGCCAGUGAAGGAUUUAGCAAUCGAUCUUUUGAGUACAUGGUCAAUGGUAUCGUGAAGAGCAUUGAGAUAGCACACUCAAAUAUGAAACCAGGCAAAAUCUUCACCAAUAAAGGAAUCGUGGAUGAUACACAGAUCAACCGAAGCCCUUCUUCUUACCUGCAGAAUCCACAGUCAGAGAGAGCAAGGUAUUCUUCAAACAUAGACAAGGAAAUGGUAGUCCUGAAAAUGGUAGAUUUGAAUGGAGAUGACUUGGGCCUUAUCAGCUGGUUUGCCAUCCACCCAGUCAGCAUGAACAACAGCAACCAUCUUGUAAAUAGUGAUAAUAUGGGCUAUGCAUCUUACCUUUUUGAGCAAGAGAAGAACAAAGGAUAUCUACCUGGACAGGGACCAUAUGUAGCAGCUUUUGCUUCAUCAAACCUAGGAGAUGUGUCCCCCAACGUCCUUGGCCCACAUUGCAUCAACACGGGAGAGUCUUGUGAUAACGCCCAUAGCACUUGUCCCAUUGGUGGGCCUAACAUGUGCAUUGCUAAGGGACCUGGACGGGAUAUGAUUGAGAGCACACAAAUUAUAGGACGAAACAUUUAUCAGAGAGCGAAGGAGCUGUAUGAGUCUGCCUCCCAGGAGGUGACCGGACCACUGGUCUCAGCUCACCAGUGGGUGAACAUGACGGAUGUGACUGUCAGGCUCAAUUCCACACACACAGCAAAAACAUGUAAACCAGCUUUGGGCUACAGUUUUGCAGCUGGCACCAUUGAUGGAAAUGGAGGCCUCAAUUUUAUCCAGGGGACAACAGAAGGGAAUUCAUUUUGGGACACCGUUCGGGACCUGCUCCUGGGCAAGCCAUCUGAUGAAAUCAAAGAAUGUCAUAAACCAAAGCCAAUCCUUCUUCCCACUGGAGAGCUGUCAAAACCUCACCCCUGGCACCCAGAUAUUGUUGAUGUUCAGAUUAUUACUCUUGGGUCCUUGGCCAUCACUGCCGUCCCUGGGGAGUUUACGACCAUGUCUGGACGAAGACUUCGAGAGGCAGUUCAAGCAGAAUUUGCAACUUAUGGGAUGCAGAAUAUGACUGUUGUGAUUUCGGGUCUAUGCAAUGUUUAUACACAUUACAUUACCACUUAUGAAGAAUACCAGGCUCAGCGAUAUGAGGCAGCAUCUACAAUUUAUGGACCACACACUCUGUCCGCUUACAUCCAGCUCUUCAGAGGCCUUGCUAAAGCCAUUGCUACGGACACAGUAGCCAACCUGAGCAGAGGUCCAGAGCCUCCAUUUUUCAAACAACCGCUGUCCCCAUUAAUUCCUGAUAUUUCUGAUAGAGCACCAAUAGGCAGAAAUUUUGGGGAUGUCCUGCAGCCAGCAAAACCUGAAUACAGAGUGGGAGAAGUUGUUGAAGUUGUAUUUGUAGGUGCUAACCCAAAGAAUUCAGCAGAAAACCAGACCCAUUCGACCUUCCUCACUGUGGAGAGAUAUGAGGAUGCUUCAGCAGCAUGGCAGAUAGUGUAUAAUGAUGCUUCCUGGGAGACUCGUUUUUAUUGGCACAAAGGAAUACUGGGUGUGAGCAACACAACGAUAGAAUGGCACAUUCCAGACAAUGCCCAGCCUGGAAUCUACAGAAUAAGAUAUUUUGGACAUAGUCGGAAGAAGAGCAUUCUGGAGUCUGCUAUCAUACGUUCAUUUGAAGCCACUUCCUCCAGUUUUGAAGUUGUAACUGCUUAG